GACAACCACAGCCAACAUGUUCAAAUUCUUCAUCAUUGCCGCCCUCGUUGCCUGCGCCGUGGCCAAGCCAGGCGUCGUCGCACCACUUGCUGCACCAGUCGCUGCACCACUAGCAGCCGCUGCGGUCGCCUAUGCAAAUGCACCACUCUACGCCGCUGGCGGCAGCAGCCAGGUGGAUAUUCGCAACAACUAUGACGGCACCCAGUCCUCCUACACCACCGCGCCCUUCGAGCUGACACCACCCUACUCCAGCCGCUAUGUCUCGGGCAUUCCAGCUGCCUAUGCUGCCGCACCACUGGCUGCUCCUCUAGCUGCCUCUCCCUAUGCUGCUCCACUGGCUGCUCCGCUGGCUGCUCCUCUGGCUGCCUCUCCCUAUGCUGCUCCACUGGCUGCUCCUCUGGCUGCCUCUCCCUAUGCUGCUCCACUGGCUGCUCCUUAUGCCUCGCCCUACGCCCUGGCUUCACCCUACGCCGCGCCCUACAGCUUUGCUGCCCCCGCUCCAGUUGUGGUUUAG